UUCGCCCUGCUUCUCCCGCGCUUUUCUUGCACCCAGGCCCCUGCGGUUUUGUGCUAUUUGCUGCGAGCGGGAUGGCCAGCGGCGGAGGUGGCCGUGGCCGCCGCCGGAAGGCUCGACGGGGGGCGAGGGCGAAGGCCAAGAGGAAGACCAAGUAUCUUAGCCUUAGCCGCCACUUGAUUAAGGUGGAGGAGGAUUUGGAGGCGGUGCGGUUGCCGGAGGUGGAGGUGGAGGUGGUGCCGAAGGAGGAGACGCCGUCGUCGCCGGAGGAGGGUGGAGAUGGACGUGAGGAAGAGAAGGAGGAGGAGCAGGAGAAGCGGCAGAUGGAGGUGUUUGCGCUGAAUCCUGAGCCGUCCACGCUGUUCGCGGCGGCGCCGUCGCUCAUCGACAUCCUCGGCGCCUCCGCUGGGGGCAGCGAGUCGUCAUCCGCCUCGCAGGAUGUUUCCGGUGGCGGGACGGAUGAGUUCCCCGGCGAGGAGGACGACCUGGCGCGCCGCGCGCUCCGAGGCCGGGAGCGGUGGGUGUACUGUAGUAGCUCCUCCCCGAGCGGGACGACCACUACUUCGUCCUCGUGCUCCUCGGCGGCGAGCACGGGCGCCUCCAGCGAAGGCGGCGCGGCAAGGUCGCUGCUGCUGAAGCUCGACCACGAGGAGAUCCUCGCCGCCUGGGCGGGCCGCGGGUCGCUCUACAUCGGUGGCGCCGUCGCCGCCGCCGCCACCACAGGCGCGGGCCACGGCGCAGCGGAGCUGGAGCUCGACUCCGUGUUCGUGGAGGUGGGGCCGUCGUCUGAGGCUGAGCCGACGGCGGCGGGCGCAUGGAGCGUGGCCGGGACGGCGGCGAGAGCGGAGAAGGUGAGGCGGUACAAGGAGAAGCGGCAGGGGCGGCUGUUCGCGAAGCGGAUCCGGUACGAGGUUCGCCGGCUCAAUGCCGUCAAGCGGCCGCGCUUGAAGGGCCGUUUUAUUAGGGAGAAGGAAGGCGCCACAAUCACAUAGAGAAGCCAGCAAUGAAGCAUCUCUGCAAUCUCCAUCGCUUCUUCGCGUGUACAUGAUUUGCUCAGUUCUCUCGUUCUCUCAUGUCCAAUUCUGUUCUGCCCUGGGGUUGCAAGUUGUGAGCCUUCAGGUGCAGAGAUGAUGCAUUUGUGGAUUUUAUAUCUCAUAGGAUGAAAAUAACAGCAAUCAGUUCAGCCAUGAUGUGCCCAAACUGCUCAUCAACUAUCAGUUCAACAUCUCUGUAUUGUCAUCAGCAUCAGGUGCUGCUGGUCGAGGAGACGAGGAGGGAUUCGAUAAUUUGCCAUUAUAUACAAAAAUAUGACAAAACGGGCUUCGAUUAUUUGUAUUUUGUGAGAUAAGCGAAAGAACGGAACAUUAUGCAAUUUGCCUUUAAUCAAAGAGAUGAGAUGUCAGGUUCAGAUUCAUCUAAUCAGUGCACGGUUGAACUCAAUCUGAUCCGUUUGAUCAUCCUAGUAGAAUUGAAUUGUACUGCAUCGGUGGAGUAGUAAA